GACGUGGUGGAAGUCAAAGCUCUCAGCGCUGUGGUGAUCGCUUGCCUAACAGCCACCUUUGCGCUUCCAUCCUCAACUACACUAUUGUUACUGCUCUCUCCGCUUGUGGCGAGUUGCAUUGAUGCACCGGCGAGCUAUCACCUCGGGCCAGCUCGACGCUCGCCAUUUUCGAAGGCAUUCGGAGCCAAGUUGCCGCUCAAGUCGUGGUCCGGCUCUUUAACCCAGAUGCCCAGAAACAGCCGCAUCGAUUGUACUGAAACUCUCUCCCUAACAAAAGCACUGCGACAGGCUUAUCAUGUGGAAUUCGAUAAGGCAGCGCUCUCCCGUUGUUUUAAACUAGGCAAAGGAACCCACCACCACGACUCGAUUCUCUCUUCUGGCCGCAACUUCACAACGACGGACCAACCAGCCGAGCCGGAGAGCGAAACCAGCAGAGCCCAGCGCAGAGCACAGCCUCCCCAUCAUUACAUAAUCUCUUUUGCCCGCUACGUGUAACGUGCUGCGUCCCGAACACGCAGACACCAACCCACACGCACGACACUCGCCAGGCCCGAGCAGCUAACGCGCUCUCGCACUGUCGUUACGAAAGAUCCCCGAGCUUGACACGCAGCGGCAGAGUUUAAACACUACUUCUUAGACUUACCCGCGCGGCAGCUAGUUCUCGCCGCCAACGGAUCAAAAAUUAGUUCGCACACGCAGAGACCGAGUGCAGCAGCUCCUCCCGCCCAGCACCUCCCGACCAGCUCCAGCACGGCCAUGUCCAUGGGCCUCCACUCUGCGCGCGAGGAGCUCGGACUGCCCAACGUGGCUGGAAGCCACGGCAUGGGUCUCUCCACCUCCACGGGCUACCUUAACGGCGAUGUCGGUCAACAAAUCGGUGGACUUCCCAAGCCGAUCAGUCUCAGCCCGCGUACUUUUGGUAUGGAAGACCUGCGAGACUUUUGCGGCCCUGUUGGCACCUUCAAGACGGGUCUUACGCCUCGCGUCUUCAGCACGGGUCUGACUCCUCGCUCGGGCUUCACUCCUCGCUUCACAACCGGCUUCACGCCGCGUAUCAACGUCACGGGUCUGAGCCAAGCGCCCAAUGCCCCACCCUCUGAGACCUCCAAUGGCUUCAUUAGCCGGCCAGGAGCCGGCUACUCACCGCGCAGUGCUGUCGACGCCAGCAACAACAAGAUUUCGCCCUCAGGCUUCACUCCCAAGGACGUCUCGGGCGCCAAAGUGCCCAUGCGUUUCCCUGGAGCCUUUUCGAACAACAGCCCACCGAAGAUGCCCAUGAGUGAGCAAUUCAAGCAGGAACAGGCCCCGCCACAGACACACAUGCAGCAGCUGCAACAGAUCCACCACCAGAGUCAGCAGAUGAACCACGGCGCACCGCACCAUGGGCAAAUGCCGCACCCGGGGAUGCCCAACAUGAACAUGCCCAUGUACGAUUACAUGAACCGCCCCGCACUGCAGCAAUCAGCGGACCCACGUCUCAGUGUAACGCCCAACUCGGACCGUGUUUCGGACCAGGAAGACCUGGACGAGCGUCGACGUAUGAAGAACCGUGAGCGUGUACGCAAGUGCCGCAAGCGUAAGCAAGACCGUCUGAACUUCCUGGAGGACCGUACUGCUGAGUUGGAGAAGGAGAACGGGGCGUUGAAGGCCAAGAUGGCUCGUAAGGACUCUGGACUCACGGACGAACCCUUGAGUGAGACGCAACUGAACGAUCUCCGCAAGAAGCAGAACACCACCUUGUCCUCGUACAUUCGUGCUUACAAUGAGGCCGAUGGCUCGGCAUUUGAGACCAGCGCUCGUGCUAUUUGGGCUGACUAUGCUGAGAUCCUGUACGGCACCAGCGGUGCUCGUGUUGCCGGCAUGACGGACAUCGUCGCCAGCAAGAAAUCGUAUGCUAGUGUCUUUGCUAAGUACGAGAUCAAGCAGUACACGGUGCAGUGGAAGCCAAACUCUACGGACAAGUGUCUGGUGAACUGGGAGGUUGAAGUUAGCGUGAAGAAGGAGGCGGCCAAGAACGUACCGCUAACGACUCCGUUCGCCGAGCUGGCGCCGCACUUUGGCGACAGCAACGAGCCGCUGUCGUUCCAAAUGUCCUCGCAUAUUACAUUCGAGGAGGGCAAGAUCGUGGAGGAGAUUCGCCAGCUCAACUUGUCGCGCAUUGGUGAGGAGGCGCUGAAGCAGUUCGCUCAGGACCCCAAGAAAGCCGCCGAUGUGAUGCGGUGCCUGAUGACGGUGUAGACUUUUUCAGACAUUGCCACACAAGGCGGAGAAGAGCUCGAGACGAGCUACAGUAGACCGAUUUUCGGACGCACAAGACGGGCAGAGACCCACGCAGGUAGCUCGUAGCUCAAGGAGAGUGUCCUUCUCCUUGUUGAGUAGCAGUAGAGCAUCGUGUAUCAUAAAAGCAAAUAUUACCCAUGAGAAACUUAUGAUGCGUUGCAGUCAGUUCUGACUCAGGGUGAGCGAAGAC